GGAGGUGUCUGGACAGUACAACAAUAACUACUCAGAUAAUGAAACUAAAUUAUAGUCCUUCAUUUUUAUAAAAUGUAUUUUUUUGUGUGUCACCUGCAUGUGUUAUUCAACGCAGUACUCAAUAACAAUGUGCAUGUUGUUGACUCAUGCAUCUCUUAGUCAGGAUUGGGUGUGUGCUUCAUGAUGACAGGUAGGUAUUUGGUCGGAAACGAAAACGAAACUGAAAAGAGACCUUUAAAAGUGCGGUUUCCUGUUCUAGACGGUCAGUGCAUGGCAGCUCAAGCUCUCAUCACACUGCUGGCAAAUCUGCAUCAUUGAUUUCAAGUGGAACUAUUCUGUCCAGAAACCAGAAAACUUGCCCAAUUUUCAACAACUGCCACAUGCAAGCCAUUGGAAAAACUGACUUUCACAAACCAGAGAAGAGGACCUAAUACUGGUGACAGUAUAAAUGGCAUUCAAGUAAAAACAAUAUACAUGAGAAAAGCCACGGACACACGGGCAGCCACUGCCAGAGAGCAAGAGGGCAGAAGAAGUGCAGGGCUAGAAAUGGAGGAGCGACGUGAAGGAUUAUAUUGGGGAGACAGGGGAAGAGGAGGACGUUUAGAAUUCGGGAGAGGAGGAGACAGGUAUGCAGGAGGAGCGAUUAAGGGGGGAGCAAAUGUAGGUGGAGCGGGGCGUGCAGAGCGACAGAGAGGUGGAGUGGGUGGUGCAGAGCGACAGAGAGGUGGAGCAGGGGGUGCAGAGAGAGGGCAAAGUGUGGAUGGGAGAAGAGCACUAGGAGGUCACAGAAGAACUGGUUCGAGAGAUAGACAGAUAAGCAAUGGAGGGAGAUCACAGUCUACUAGUGGUGUUAGGGCACCAAGGGGCAGUCGUCUGGGCUACAAAACACUAGAAGAACUCUCUGGAGAAGACCCAUCUGUGGUGGCCAUCACUCUCUCAUCAUCCCCUGCUCUGCAAGAUCACCUGUGUGCAACAGAAAUGAGACAGGACCUUGUCGAACUCCUCUGCCUGGUGAUGAGUAAAGCCUUCAAAUCACAAGCAGAGAGAGGGACCCUGCAGCACCUGGCUAGCCUCAUAAAGGAUUCUUUGUUCUUCCGCACCACUCUGCCCCACUAUCUGGCUGGCAUGGUGUCAGAGUUCAACCCUCUCCGCAGGGAAAAGUACCCUCAGCAUCUAGAAAACAUCCUCACUCUUCUCCAUCAGGUACUUAGCACCUUCCCUGCCAGCUCAGUUCAGGCAGUGAGUUUGCUACUGACGCUGCUCCAAGCCUCCAUGAACAACCUGAGUGCAUCGGGAGUGGACAUUCAGCCUCAAAUAGAGGAAACGGUGAAGGAUCUUCAGAGUCUGGUCCUUCACCUCCAGGAGAAAUCUAGGGACGGAACUCUCCGUUCAGACAGGGACACCUAUUCCCUCCUAAGUAAUGGUCAAGAUAACGCAGAUGAAGAAGGGACACAGCAAGAUUUCCGCACCAUACCCAUCUACCCACAUCCUGAGGAGUUUCGGCAGGACUUCAGGCCCUUCCUGAGACCCAAUUUCGUCUCUCGGCCCUUCAAACAAACCCACAUCUACCUUGACACCCACUUUCGGCUACUGAGAGAGGACUUUGUUCAGCCACUCAGAGAUGCAGUCCAGCAAUUAGUCUGGCUAAAAACGGAUCAAGGAUACACUGAUGAAGCUUUGAAAGCAAAGCGCCAUGAUGAUAUCCUUGUAUACUUUAAUGCACAGUUGUUGGGGCGCAAAUGCACACACACAGGCCUUGCCUACACGGUCCAGUUUGAUAUUAAGCCACUUAAGUUUGUGCGCUGGGAGAAUUCCAAGAGGCUCAUCUAUGGUUCCUUGAUCUGCUUGUCCUGUGAUAACUUUCAGAGUCUACUGUUUGCCACAGUUUCAGACCGUGACCCCAAACAACUGCAAAAAGGACGGGUCCUGGUUACUUUUACCGAAAGAAGCAGAUUCCAGCUGGCUGGACUCGAGGACAAUCAAGUGUUCCUUAUGGUCGAGAGCACAGCCUACUUUGAGGCCUAUAGGUACGUUUUGGAGGGCCUUCAGGAGCAGCGGGAGGACGAGCUGCCUUUCCAGAGGAACAUUGUGGAGUGCAGGACCGAUGUGCGACCCCCAGCUUAUCUGCAAAGAAGAGAUAUGUAUGACCUGUCGUCGAUUGCUGAACCUAAAUAUCAGAAAAGCAUGCCGCCCUUUCACAGCCUGAAGGCAGAACACUGGCCCGAAAUGGAGAAGUUGGGGCUUGAUGAGUCUCAGAUGAAAGCUCUAAAGCUGGCCCUCACACAGGAACUGGCCAUCAUUCAGGGACCUCCUGGCACUGGAAAAACACACGUUGGUCUUAAGAUUGCACAAGCUCUGUUGACCAAUCAGGAUCUUUGGAGGGAUGAAAAUGGAAACAGUACAGUACUGGUAGUGUGUUAUACUAACCAUGCUCUGGAUCAGUUUCUUGAAGGUAUACACAAAUUCCUGAAAAAGGGCAUCGUGAGAGUAGGAGGUCGGAGCAACAGUGAGAUCCUAAAGCAUUUCAAUCUGAGGGAGAUCAGUCGCUCUGAUAUCUUCAAACGUUCACUGCCGCCUCACCUGCGUAUAGCAUUUAAAGAGAUUUUUAAGCAGCUUCAUGAAGAGGAGAGGAAGAUCGAGAGUGACUGUGCAAAGCUGGAGUGUUCCUGGAAAGGCAUCCUGCAUGAAAACUUCCUACAGGAAUUCAUGUCAAAUACACACUGGGCUGGUCUGCAUAGGCCAAAUUAUAUUGCGCAACAAGUCUGUGAGUCCUUAAAUCAGAGGUUCAGUCCGAUCAUGGAGUGGUUGGGUGUGGGCUCCAUCGUCUUCCUGCAGAGGGAGACAGAGAAUGCAAAUGAAAAUGAGGAUGAGGAAGAGAUGGAACUGGAAAAAGAGGAACUCAUUGAAAUCACAGAGGAGGCAGAUCUGAUCCAGGCAGAGCGGAUAAUUGACGACGACAUUAGUCCCAGAGGUGAUAGAGAUCAUGGGAAGAAGGGAAACAUGAAGUCAGCUGUCAGAGAAGUAGAAGAAUUGAUGCUGGCUAUGAACCUGGAGAAAGAUGAAAUACAGACUGAGCAGCGUGAGGAUGAAUGGGAGAUGCAACGGGAACAGAAGAAAAAGCUGAUGCGCAAAAUCAAAAGAGAGCUACAGCAAAGCUCAGCCAUGACUGACGAGGAGGCAGAUAAGGUCUCCGAUGUUUGGGCCCUUACUCUGCCAGACAGAUGGAGACUCUAUCGUUUGUGGGUGGCACGCUACAGAAAAGACCUUAACACCAAAGCGGUAGGGACUGAAGAGGCCUAUCAGAAUGCAGUGGAAAGACUGGCCGAAGUACGACAACAUGAGGACCUCUUUCUCCUCAAGAAAGCCACGGUAAUCGGCAUGACAACAACAGGGGCAGCCAAAUAUCGUUCAGUUCUACAGCAAGUGCGUCCACGUCUGGUCAUUGUAGAGGAGGCUGCACAGGUUUUCGAGGCCCACACUAUCACCACACUGAGCCAAGCGUGUCAACAUCUCAUCCUCAUUGGAGACCACCAGCAGCUACACCCCAGUGCAACAGUGUAUGAACUUGCUAGGAACUUCAACCUGGAAAUCUCCAUGUUUGAAAGAAUGGUGAAUAUGGGAAUUCCUUAUGUCAGGCUCAACUACCAGCAUCGUAUGAGGCCAGAUAUUGCUCGUCUUCUGACCCCCCACAUCUACAAAACACUGGAAAACCAUUCCUCUGUGUUGGACUAUGAAGACAUUAAGGGGCUUAAUACCAAUCUAUUCUUUGUGGAGCACAACCAUCUCGAAGAAAUGAAAGAUGGGAAAAGCCACCAGAACCUACAUGAGGCCAUGUUUGUGGUCGCUCUGUGCCGCUAUCUUCUCCUCCAAGAAUACAAACCAGAGCAAAUUACCAUCCUUACAACCUAUACUAGCCAGUUCCACUGUCUGCGCAAACUUAUGCCUGCUAGCCAGUUCCUAGGUGUCAGAGUGCAUGUAGUAGACAAGUACCAGGGGGAAGAGAAUGAUAUUAUCUUGUUGUCUCUGGUCCGAAGCAACCACCAUGGUAAAGUUGGCUUUUUGAGCAUCCCCAAUCGUGUCUGUGUAGCCUUGUCCCGUGCCAAGAAAGGUCUCUACUGUAUUGGUAACAGUGCAACACUUUCCCGUGUCAAACUGUGGACCAACAUCUUUCAUACGUUGCGAGAGAAAAAGCAGAUCGGUGAGGCUCUGACCCUGUGCUGUCAGAAUCAUCCAGAUCGGCAGAUAAAGGCUACUUGUGGUGAGGACUUCAAACAAGCACCAGAGGGUGGCUGCACUCAGCCUUGCCAAUUCCGUUUGGAUUGUGGCCAUGUUUGCGCAAGUGUCUGCCACCCCUAUGACCCUGAGCACAAGAAGUACAAGUGUGCCAAACAGUGUCAGAAGACUUUAUGUGAUCUCAGUCACAAGUGCCCACUUGUGUGUUACAGAGAAUGCCCAAAGCAAUGUCCAGUGAAGGUUCAGAAGAUCAUACCCCAGUGUCAACACCCUCAGAUUGUUCCUUGCCACCAGGAUCCAGAAACAUUUAAAUGCAAGGAGCCUUGUCAGAAAAUGCUCAGUUGUGGUCAUCCAUGUAAAUCCACCUGCGGGGAGCCAUGCACUAGUACGUGUAUGGCAAAGGUCUCCCUUGUACUCAAGUGUGGCCACAGCCAGCAGGAUGCUUGUUUUUACAAAACAGUGAUAGAGGAGCCUGUCUGUAGGACCCGAUGUAAGCAUCAGCUAAAAUGUGGCCACUUCUGUCAAGGUAGCUGUGUGAAGUGUUAUCAGGGACGCUUCCAUAUUCCAUGUUAUCACAAGUGUGAGCGUCUCCUGGUGUGCUCUCACAACUCCAAGCAGCCCUGCUUUCAAGAGGGUUCCCCUUGUCAGAGACCAUGUGAGAAUUGUUGCGUCCACAGUCAGUGUAAGAAGAGUUGUGGGCAGUCCUGUACUCCAUGCACUGAGCCCUGUUCCUGGCAUUGCCCUCAUCAUAGAUGCAGAAGGCUUUGCAGUGAGCCAUGUGAUCGUCCACCUUGCACCCAACCCUGUGGCAAAACCCUGAAGUGUGGCCAUCCAUGCAUAGGCCUGUGUGGAGACAAAUGUCCCAGCAAAUGCCGCAUCUGUAACCAUGAUGAGGUCACAGAGAUUCUCUUUGGGACUGAGGAUGACCCUGAGGCUCACUUUAUUCAACUAGAGGACUGUGGACACAUCUUUGAAUACACAGCCAUGGACAAGUUCAUGGGAAUGGAUGACAACAAGGUGGCUACUGAGGAAGAGGUGGCCAUUAAACUAAAGGAAUGCCCCAAGUGUCGGACUCCAGUCCGCAAAAACCUUCGAUAUGGAGCUCACAUCAACCACAGUCUGGCUGAGAUUGAGUUGGUAAAGAUGAAGAUAAAUGGAAAUGCUAAAGAUACUGAAAAGCACAGGGAGGCUCUUAAUCAACAGUGGGAGGAAAGACUUGCCACCUCUAGAAGUCUUCAGCAAUACAAGGACAUCAGUGACAUGUUGGAAAAGCCUCGUCUCACAGCAAAAGAUCUGUGGGUGCUAGAACAUAAGAUGGCUUUCUUAACAAGAGUUACGGAGCUCAUUGAGAAAACAGAAAACAUGUCAGAGAACCAAAGUUCCAUGUUUACAAUGGAUGCUGAACAGUUUGUAAUCUGGCUGUAUUACCACAACCAACAUUUUACAGAACAGCAGGUCUAUGAUUUGGAGAGACAGUUACAGAGGCUCACGUUUCUUGCUGAACUCAACAUCCGUUGUCAUGAAGCAGAGAAGAGAGGACAAGGUAGAACGAUGCAGCUUGAGGUGCAAACAAUGAGAAAAGUUCUACAACAGCUUGGCCAAUUCACUGAGCAAGAUGAAAGAAGAGUGAAGGAAACCAUGAAAGAGCUGAACAAGAAGCUUCCACUCCCAGGCUUGGGAAUUUGUGAUGAGGAGAGAAAGAUGAUCAUCUCAGCCAUGAAAGUACGUGCUGGACACUGGUACAAAUGCCCUAAUGGUCAUGUCUAUCUUAUAACGGAGUGUGGAGGGGCUAUGGAGAGUCGACAGUGCCCUGAUUGUGAUGCUACUAUUGGUGGGGCCAGUCAUAGAUUGGCAGAUGGCAACCAAGUGGCUUCAGAAAUGGAUGGCGCACUGCAUCCUGCUUGGUCUGAGGCCAACAACCUUCUUAAUUUUGAACUCUGAAAGAAAGAAAACUCAAGAAUAAGGAGGGAACAAUGCCACCAUGGGAAAGAGCGUGGUUCCAGGAUAAUUCACUAAUGACUAAUAUAUAUGCAUGUGCUUGAAAAAAAAGAAAAUGUACUUAUUUGCUAAUCGAAGUAUGUUCCAAACAAAGUUGGAACUAAUCAAACCAUGAAGUGCAAAACAAGCUAUGGAAAUAAACAAAAAUGGAACUGGAAAUCUAUUCAUCAUAAACAAAUCAAGCUUAGCGCAGCCCCUGCGUCAGACAUUGUUGGUUCACCUCUGAUGGAAGCACAGUGCUUGUCUCACUAAUCCUGUAGACCAGGAGGACCCAGUGGAACAGAGAGGCAGGAAGUGGAGGAGCGUCACCCAAGUGCGAGAGAGAGGGCAAUGUGCCCUCUGGUGGCAAUUGGUGGAAAAGAGCAGGGGUGACGGACUUAAUUCCCAAGAGAGGAGACAUCUCUCUGCCACAAUAGUUUUGCUUUCCAGGCCAAGCUGCCAUCUUUUCAAUCCCCACCAUUGGGUGCAAAACCUGACAAACAUAAAGGCUUGAGUAGUUUUGCAGAUACUUUGAAUAAUAAUGUAAGCAUAGUGAGAGACGUGUGUGCCCAGGUGGAAUUUAAACCUUCCAUUUGUAGAGUUGAAUAAACCAAAUGCUAUAGUAAUUUGGUCUUAAAGUUAGUGUCUUAUCGAUGCCAUCUCUACAUUUGUCUUAUGCUGGUAUUGUGUUGGCUGCAUUUCAAAUGAUCAGAAACUUGCUUAUUAAUGUUCUCUUGGAGGUGUUUCAUCAGCAAAGUUUGUUUAGGUCCAGCGUCUUUUCAUAACACCGGAUACUCUUAGGAGACAGAAACUGUGUGAUGCAAUGUCAUAGACACAAGAUAACCCUGCUGCUUACAGUAACCAAAAUAUUUAUGGUAGUUAUCGUGUUACCUUUGAGCCUCCUCGCGUUCAAUGAAAACCAUGUGUCUUGGAUAAAUAAUAAAUGAAAGGUUUGUUUCAGAGUUAAUUUGUUUGUGUACAUAGUUGUGCUACGGAGAUUUUGCUUUUAACUUUUACUAGUGCACAGCAUAAUUGCAACAUAUUUCAGCACGCCAGCUAUUUCCUGCAUCUUAGAAAUACUGGGAUGUAAUUAUCCAGACAUUUCCCUGCAUACCUCUGAGAAAAAAAAGUAUUUUGAUGUGCCAUGUAAUUGCUCUUUAUUGUGUAUCUACCCCUAAUAAAAAUCUAAUCAUUUUGAAGUCCA